CGAAAAAUUUAUCCUUUUCAUAACGCUUUCCGUAUCCAUACUGGCAAUACGGCUUGCACGCCGGUGUCGAAAAAGGGUGAUCUUGAGGACAAUAGUAACGUCGCCCGUGAUGAAGUCCACAUGGAUGGAAGGCAUACGGUCUGCAGACGCCCUUCUGCUGGUACGGUCCUCCUGUAACUACGCCAGAACGUUUUACCCAUUCCCAAGCCUUGUGGUCAUAGCCUCCCUCGCACCCGUCUCCGCAGAACCUUCCACAGCACGAGAGAAUAUCAGUGUCCGAAAGGAUUGUCUGUAAUUUGCCUUUUGUUUGUACGCAGAUGCGAUCGGACAUUGUUGAUGCGGCGGAGACUGCCCAGCACGAGCCACAUUGCGACUGGUCCCGAACGUAUGUUAUGGACGAGCAAUUCUUCCAUACUAUGCGAGAGUCAAAGCUGUAAAAAUUUUUUGAAUUUUAGAAGACAGGAGUAG